AUGCGAGCCCACGGGGUGUUGGAGCAGUACUUUCUCAUCUCAGUGCCGUGUGUAGCUGCGGCUCGUCUUCAACGCUGGGCGUUGAUUUUGUCAGCCUAUAACUUCGAGGUGAAGUACAGGCGUGGGGUGGAUCUCCCUCAUGCUGAUGCCCUUUCAAGAUUGCCGCUGCCCAAUGAUGAGACCAUGGAAUUGGAGGCCAAUCACCUCUCUCACGUGGAAAAUGUGGUGGAAGUAUUUAGCUGCUACAAAUUGGUGAGUGACGACACACCUAUUACGGCUAAAGAUAUUGCUAGAUUGACUGAUAGGGAUCCUGUGUUAUCAAAAGUAAGGGACUUUAUUUGGCACGGUUGGCGUUCGGCCGAUGAACCUGAGUUAAUUGCAUAUUUCAGAAGGAAGGAUGAACUGUCGGUUGACAACAAUUGUGUCGUUUGGGGAGCACGAGUAGUCGUGCCCGAAAAGCUUCGGAGUGCUGUAAUCCGAUUACUACAUGACCAGCAUCCAGGAAUAUCGCGUAUGAAAAUGUUAGCCAGGAGCUACGUCUGGUGGCCUGGUCUUGAGAAAAACAUAGAGGAAACAGUGUCUACCUGCACUGUUUGUCAGUGCACUAGAAAUGCUGCCGUUAAGGUGCCAUUGUAUCAAUGGCCUAGAACUACCAACAGAUGGCAGAGAAUUCAUAUUGACUAUGCGGAAGAUCCGCAAACUAGACAACAACUGUUAGUUAUAGUUGACAGUUUUUCAAAAUGGCUUGAAGUAUUUCUUAUGAAAUCAACUACAUCAUUCAAGACCAUUGAAAGAUUACGAACCUUGUUUGCUGCUUAUGGGUUGCCGGAAGAACUGGUAAGUGACAAUGCACCUAAUUUUACGAGUGCCGAGUUCAGGGAGUUUCUGAGUAGGAAUGGUAUAAAAUUCACCUUGUCACCCCCCUAUCACCCUGCGUCCAAUGGCGCAGCCGAAAGAUGUGUGCAAGAGGUAAAGAAAAAUCUGCAGAGGCAAGUGAUAGAAAGUCAAUUGGUAGGUGUUACCUUACAGCAUAAAUUAGACAACUUCCUGUUUGUGUACCGGAACACACCCAGCACAGUAACUGGACUCUCACCAGCCGAGUUGUUUCUCCAAUGGAAACCCAGAACAAAAUUAACCCUACUUAAGCCUAAUUUGUUGUCAGUGAUUGAUAAAAAGAAGGAACAGCAACGUUCAGCUGCAAACAGCAUCCGAGGUGGUGCUAGAUAUUUUGGCAAAGGAGAUAAGGUGUGGGUGAAGACGGUCAGAGGGGAGCAUGUGUCCUGGGUUCCGGGAAAAGUGAUGGAGCAAAGAAGCCCUGCGACUUAUGUUGUAAGUGUGUUAGGCAAGGUCCGGUUCUGUCAUGCGGACCAUCUGCGUUCCAGUCUUCUGGGAGACGAAGAGGAGACUUUGGUGGAUAGGCGAAUUCCACAGCCAUCACCAGCCAAGGCAUCACCUCCGGUUAGGCCUAUUUCACCAGUGAAGAUACCUAGCCCUCAGCCAGAGGCGAUAACGCCCUCACAUCAGAGGCGAAGCCUGCCAGAAGCAUCUAGCCCUCUACCAAGACUUGAAGAAAGACAUGAAGUGCAGUCAAGCCCGCAACUUCUUAGACGGUCUCAACGGGCCGUUCGUAAGCCGAGGAGGCUUGAUCUUUAA